CUUGGCUGGACGGGACCCGGGUUCCCGGUGUCUUCUUCAGUCGAAACCCGCGAACCGAAAAAGCGAUGCAGUUCUUCGGAGGCUCCGACAUCAGCCCGUCGCCGCCGGCGCCGACGGCGGCGGGGCACAACGCGAACGUGAUGUACGUGUUCAACCGGAACGGCGUGUGCUUGUUCUACCGAGAGUGGAGUCGUCCCCUCCGAACCCUAAGCCCCCAGCAGGACCACAAGCUCAUGUUCGGCCUCCUCUUCUCCCUCAAAUCGCUGACCGCCAAGAUGGAUCCGACCAGUGCAGACAAAGGAAAUCUUGGGGUGCCCCAGUUACCGGGCCAGGGUUGUUCAUUUCACAGUUUCCGCACUAACACCUACAAGCUUAGUUUCAUGGAAAGUCCUUCUGGUAUAAAGAUAAUCUUAAUUACACAUCCUAGGACCGGUGAUCUACGGGAAGCUCUGAAGUACAUAUACAGUCUAUAUGUUGAAUAUGUGGCUAAAAACCCUGUCUACGCUCCAGGAACUCCUAUCAGGUGUGACCUUUUCAAUACAAAUCUUGACCAAUAUGUAAGGAGCAUUUCGUAAAACCUCGGUACGGAGCUAAAUACGUAUGUGCCUUUUGGUCAUGUAUCAAGCUUAAUGGACAAUUUGGAGAGAUGGGUAAUAUGCCCGCUUGGUGUAUUAUGUGCCUUUCUCUUUGCUGCCAGUUCUAGUCCAACUCCAAUCAUCCUACGCUUAUGUACCAGCUGCUUCCUUCAGUGGAGGGUUAGAGGAGGAAUUCUUCUAUGCUCCUAUUUCUUCAAUAUGGAUGAUAGUGAUCAUUCCUGCGCACAUUACUCUGUGGCUCUCCUUUUUCCUUAUUUUACGGCUUUGUUAUUGGGAUGCGUAGAUGUUAUUGGAAGGCGUUGAUUCUCGUGUCUUGAUUUAAAUCGAGCCCAUGUAGGUUUACAUGAUUCAAAA